GAGAGAGGUUGAAGUUUUUGAUCCAUCCAUUAAUGGCUGAGAGAGAGAGGAUAAUCCGGAUUAAUUUGUUGCAAAUAAAUAUAUACCAACAACUCCCUCAAUGACCUUAAUUUUUCUUUCUUCCUUCACAAAACCCCUUUUUCACAUCAUCCACAUAAAAAGGAUUAUGAUCAAAAUAUACAUCCUUUUCAAAUAAUCCACUCAAACCAAAAACCAAAAAAAAAAAAACUUGUUCUUUCUCAACAACAAAAUGUCAGACUCUACCACAUCAGAACCUCCAGCCCCAAAGGGAAAAGGCCCCCCUACAGAUUUGGAAUUCAUGAAAGAAAGAUUCUCGAAGCUUUUGUUAGGAGAAGAUAUGUCAGGAGGAGGUCAGGGGGUUUCAUCAGCUUUGGCUCUCUCAAAUGCCAUUACCAAUCUUGCUGCCUCUGUUUUUGGAGAACAGAGGAAAUUAGAACCAAUGGCUCCUGAAAGAAAGGCUAGAUGGAAAAAAGAGAUUCUUUGGCUUCUCUCUGUCACUGAUUACAUUGUUGAGCUUGUUCCUUCUCAGCAGAAGGGCAAAGAUGGAAGCAUUAUGGAGAUAAUGGUGACCCAACAAAGAAAAGAUCUACUAAUGAACAUCCAAGCACUAAAAAAGCUCGAUGCAAUGCUAAUUGAUUGUCUAGAUAACUUCAAAGAGAACAAUGAAUUCUGGUACGUAUCGAAAGAUGCAGCCGGGGAAGGAGUUCAAAGAGAUGGAAAAUGGUGGUUACCGACAGUUAAAGUUCCUCCAAAUGGACUUUCAGAUAACUCAAGGAAAUGGACUCAAUUUCAGAAAGAUUCAGUCAAUCAAGUUCUUAAAGCAUCCAUGGCUAUCAAUGCUAUGGUUCUAUCAGAAAUGGAAAUCCCAGAAAACUAUAUUGAAUCACUUCCCAAGAAUGGUAGAUCAAGCUUGGGAGAUUCAAUCUACAAGAGUAUAACAGUAGAUAGCUUUGACCCAUCCGAAUUCCUUUCCCAUAUAGACCUAUCAACAGAACACAAAUGUCUAGAUCUCAAGAACAAAAUCGAAGCUUCAAUAAUGAUAUGGAAAAGAAAAAUGACUCAGAAAGAUGCCAAAUCAUCUUGGAGCUCCGCCAUCAGUAUAGAGAAAAGAGAACUUUUCGAAGAGAGAGCUGAAACAAUAUUACUCGUCCUCAAACAACGUUUCCCUGGUUUACCUCAAUCAUCACUAGACAUUUGCAAAAUCGAAUCCAACGUUGAUAUUGGACAUGCUGUUCUAGAAAGUUAUUCAAGAGUACUAGAAAGCUUAGCUAAUACCGUUAUGUCACGAAUAGAUGAUGUUCUAUAUGCGGAUUCAUUAGCUCAAGACCCAUCUCUGGAAACUUGCAGCCGGAAAACUCCGAUUGAUCGUUCGCCGGUUCGUAGCCUGGGGACAUCACCGAUUCCCGGCGGCGGAGACGAUUCAGGUUCAACAUCUCCUUAUCGUAAUUCGGAUAUGCAAAACCCAGAAUCGCUAUCAUCUAUCUUGGGUUGGUACAAUGAAGAAUCAGAUGGGAGGAACAGCAAUGAAAACUCAUCGUCGGGCGGCCAUGAAGAUCAUAUCAGAGGCAAACCGGAUCAUAACAACAAGUUAUUUUCUUACAUUGAUAAGCUUGAAGCUCUCAGCGGCUUAAACGGCUUAAAGAGUCCAAAUCGCUACUUCUCUUAAUUCACUAUAUUUAUUAUUAUUAUUAUUUUCAGAAAUAAUAUUAAUAAUUAUAAUAAUAAAUGUAUAUGUAUUUCUUUUGCCAAUAUAUAUAAUUAGAUACUAAUCAUAUGUAAAUGACAGAUCAAAACUGCUAGUUUAUUUGAAAUUUUUUAUUUUGUGAUAAUCCUAUUAAAAUU